CGCCACGGCUCACCUACCUAUACUGUGAAUGGCUCGAGUGGUGAGGAGAAAUGGAUAGCGAAUAGCGCUAUAGCUUCUGGCGCUGAAAUUGACGUGAUCAUGAGCAUAAACUACAUCUCUGACAAGGUUGUAUUUUACCUGCGACCUGACGGCGCUUUCAACUAUAUUCUGACAACAGGUGAAAUUGUGAGCGGAUCGCCAAGGCGUUUGACCGUCGUCGGUCGCGACACGCCCCGAGAAGCAAAAGCGUGGACUCCGUUAUUUGACCCAGUGACCCCCUCAGCUCGGGAGAAUUCUGGAAGUCGCGAGUUUAAAGAAUAA